AUGGCGCCUUAUGAAGCGUUGUAUGGGAGAAAAUGUAGGAGUCCCUUAUGUUGGAGCGAUAUCACUGAGUCUUUAACAUUGGGGCCAAAAAUGAUCGAAGAAACAACAAAGCAAGUUAGGCUUAUCCAGGCAAACAUGAAGGCAGCUCAGGAUCGAAAAAAGUCAUAUGCAGACCAGAAUAGGAGAAUAGUGGAAUUUAAAGUCGGGGAAAAGGCUUUACUUAAGGUUUCACCUACCAAGGGAGUCAUGCAGUUUGGUAGAAAAGGGAAGUUGAGUCCUAGAUACAUUGGCCCGUAUGAAGUAUUGAAGAGAGUUGGAGAGGUAGCAUAUCAACUAGCCUUACCCAUGGAGUUAGCCAAUGUUCACAAUGUUUUUCAUGUUUCCCAACUCCGAAAGUAUGUUCAUGACCCUACCCAUGUUAUCCAACCCGAGACUAUUGAGCUAGAUGAGACCUUAACUUUCGAAGAACACUCUGUGAAAAUUCUCGACACCAAAACGAGAAGUACUCGAAAUAAGGCGGUAAAGUUAGUUAAAGUCCUAUGGUCUAAUCAGAAUUUUGAAGAAGCAACUUGGGAAGCUGAACAUGACAUGAAAAAGCGCUACCUAGAACUUUUUGAGCAGGUACGCUGA